AUGGAAGCUGUUACUAUUACCCACGAAGAACCAACCAGAUACUUUAGCAACGUUGAUAGAAAUGAUCCAAAACAACUCAUUGAUUACAUUGAAGGAAUUGCCUUUACCGAUGAAAUUCAAUAUGUAACCAAGACAGUAUUCAAUAGUUUAAAUUUAAAGGCUGGUGAUAAAGUUGCUGAUCUUGGAUGUGGAACUGGAAAGGAUGCUGUUUUGAUCUCCCAUGCCAUUGGACAAGAAGGUCUUUACAUGGGUGUUGAUCUCAGUGAAGAAAUGGUUAAAUAUGCCGCCGAGAAAUACAUGCCACUUGGUAAUGUCCAAUUUAGUGCUGCUUCUGCAACUGAUUCUCAAUUGGAAUCUGAUUUUUAUACUGUAGCAAAAUGUGAAAGAUUAUUACAACAUGUACCACAACCAUCACAAGUUAUUCAAGAGAUGGUAAGAGUUGUUAAAAAUGGUGGUCAAUUAUCAAUUAUCGAUACCGAUUGGGAUAGUUCACAAGUUAGUAAUGGUCAAGAUCCAGUUAUCAGAGAUAUUACCCGUCGUAUCUUUUCUGCCGUCUUUAAUCAACACAAGGAUAUUGGUGUCAACCUCAAAAAGAUUCUCAAGGAUAAUGCCAAUCUCACCAAUAUCAAAGUCAAGCCAUUCCUCUUGACCACUGAAUCACUCGAUUUUGCCAACAAGAUGUACUGUCUCACUUCAAGAGGUGAAGUUGCACUCCAACACGGGCUCAUUAAUGAAGCUGAAUUUACUCAAUGGAAGGCUGCUAUGGAUGAAAUGGAUAAGAAUGGAAUCUUUUAUUUCACUCUCAAUUACUUUACUGGCAAUGCUAUUGUUAAAAAGGAUUAA